UCGUAGGAUUUCUUCAAGGCAAUCGUUACAAUGUAAGCUUAUGAAAAGUCUUUAAAAAGGUAAGCCGCUUCGUCGACAGUUCCUAAUGAUUUGUUUUACGGUAUUAUUUGAAAGUAAAACGUCUGCACGUCUUCACAGAGACGAUUCUUCUUCGAGGCAGUUGAACUUUGCAGCUCCACAGCACGAACCCUGUCUGCAGAGCGAUAACCCAAGCCACCCGCCCAGUCUGGCUCAGCUGAAAGAAAGGUAAGUUUUGGGGCGUCACCCUGCCCAAUAGAGGCGCAGUAUCCGCGGUGACGUCACUGCCAUAUGUUCAGAAAGCACCACGCCCCCCAACGUGGUUAGGAACUGGUCUUGCUGUGAGGCACUUAUUACUCUCUCUGUGCAAGAAAAGGGAGCAGAAGAGAAGCAUGGAAGUUUUAUUUUUAAAAUUCCAAAUACUCGUGUUUAUGAAUGUUUUCUGAACGGCAAAAAUCCAAACAAAGUGGGAUCACUUCUUCAAUAUUUUAUCCUUCAUCGUUUAAGUCGGUUUCCCCACAAGGAUGCCUUUCAUUUGUUAGCACUGGGCUGUAUCAUAAAAGUGUUGGUCUGUGGAGUUCUUUCUCUUGUUCAUUUUAGUUUCCUUUCUUUCUAAGAGAUCUACCUCCAUACCCUUCUCUUGUUCAUCAUCAUCAUCAUCAUCCUCCUCCUCAUCAUUACACAAAGGGAACCACGAGCAACAGUGAAUUUUAGCAAAGCAGUAAUUCGCAUGCCGUAGAGAAAGGGUGCUUUGGUGCAUUUAAAGAAAUGGCAACAGCAGCCGGAGUGGAUCAUUUUGCAGCAGAAUGUUUAGUGUCAAUGUCCAGUCGGGCCAUCGUUCACGAUCCGAAACUGGAUAUAGAGGAUAAGGCUGAAGAAGCGUCUGUGCAGAAAAUCGGAGAUGAUAAUAAGGAAGCGCCGGUGAAAGAUAAUUCUUCCCUGUUUAUGGUUGCCAGGAUUUUGGCAGACUUAAACCAGCAGACCCCCGAUGGUCCUGCAGAACAACCAAAAAUAUCAGAAGACAUCAAAGUGCCGAGCCUUUCGACAGAGGAUGCUGGGUUUAAAAGUGUCACCAAGCCCGGCAAAAAUGAUGGAUACCGUGCCACACCUACCACCCUAACCGACCCGGGUCCUAAACAAAGAAACAGGCGUGGGAGAAGCCGAAUCGAGCACGAAUCUCCCCAGAAAAAGCACAAAUGCCAUUAUUCUGGCUGCGAAAAAGUUUAUGGCAAAUCAUCCCAUCUUAAAGCACAUCUAAGGACACAUACAGGUGAACGGCCAUUUCCCUGCACUUGGCCCAACUGCAACAAGAAGUUUGCCCGCUCGGAUGAGCUCGCCCGCCACUACCGCACGCACACUGGGGAGAAGAAGUUCGGCUGCCCACUCUGUGAGAAACGCUUCAUGCGCAGCGACCACCUGAUGAAGCACGCCCGCCGGCACUCCGACUUUGAACCCAGCAUGCUGAAGCGGCCAUACGGCAGCGGAGCCAACACCCGCACAGGUUCUCUCAGCGACUACAGCCGCUCGGACGCUUCCAGUCCUACUCUCAGCCCUGCCAGCUCGCCUUAGCCCAUCUGCACUGAACGCCUGCACUUUUCCUCUGCCAGACACUUCCCAGUUUCGUGGAUUUUUUUAUUUUAUUUUAUUUUUGUAACUCUCAUGUUGCACAGCUGUCAGAACUGCUAAUAAUCUGCUUAUUGUAAAAGUACAUAGCUGCCUAUAUUAGUGCAAUCCCUUGAGAAAAUGAUCUCAAACAUUUCCAGCUGGCAUACAUUUUAGUUUUUUU